CACUUCACUGACACACGAUCGCACCGCUGCGAACGAAUCUUUUCUCUCACAUAAAAAUAUCCCAGCAAACCCUAAUUCUCAAGUAUAUAUAAAAACCCUAGGCCGCGAUUCCUCACAACUCUUCUCUCUCCCUCUCUCUUAAACCCUACAGCUUAGGGUUUACGACCUCUUGCAGCAGCCAAACAUUUCCAAGCUUUCUCUUUCCUCUCCACAUGGGUAAAUCAAGCAAGAAAUCCACCAAAGUCGAUGCAGCUCCUGCUGUAGUAGCACCCACCAAAUCCGCCACGAAGCCAGGCAAGAGAGAAGCCGAAGAGGCGAUUCAGAACCUAGCGAGUGCUAAGAAGCAGAAGAAAGACGUCGUCGCGGAGAAGAAGGUGGAGACGAAGAUCCAGAAUAUGAGUAAGAAAGAGGAAACCACUGAUGAGGAUACUAGUGCUUCUGAGUCCGAAGAGGAGCAAAAGGUUAAGGUAGCACCGAAGAAGGGAGGAAUACCAGCAAAGCCAACGGCUGAAGAAGACAGUGAUGAUGAUUCAUCUUCAGAUGAAGACGCUCCUGUCAAAGCCGGGGUGACUUCAAAGAAGCAGCCGGUGGCCACUUCUAAAAAUGGCAAUGUUCCGGCUAGUAAAGGCAAGUUGCCUUGCAGUUCAUCAGACGGCGAAUCAUCAGACGAGAGUGAAUCGGAAGAAGAUGAAAAACCAAAAGGCAAGGUUGCUGCCCCUGUGAAAAAGUUGCCGGUGCCUUCAGCUAAGAAUGGAAAUGUACCCACGAAGAAAGCAGAACCUAGUGAUGAUUCUGAGUCGGAUGAUAGUGAGAGCUCAGAUGAUGAUGAGGUCGCUGCAGCACCUAAAAAGGUGGAAAAUAGUGAUAGUGAUAGCGACAGUGAAUCUGAGGAAGAUGAGGCCCCAGCACCCAAAGUUGUACCUUCAAAGCGUCCACCUUCAGCUGCUGAAACCAAGGUAUCCAAACAUAAAAAAACAAUCACUAAAGCUGCGGAAAGUGAUGAAAGUAGUUCUGACGAAAGUGAUGAUGAAGAACCACAAAUGAAAAAAAUGAAAGCCCAGCCUAGCAGCAGUGAUGAUGAAAGUUCCGAGGAUAGUUCUGACGAUGAGGCUCCAAAGACACAAAUGGUAAAGAAGGCCGCGCCAGUUUCGAAGAAAGUCAGUGAAUCUGACGAGGAGUCUGAGGAGGAAGACAGUUCUGGCGAAGAAGACACUUCAGAGGAAGAAGAACAACCUUCUAAGACUUCAAAGAAAAACGAGAGAGAUGUAGAAAUGGUUGAUGCAGUAUCCCCCAAGACAAAUGUGAAACCUGCAAAGAAAGCUGCUCAAUCCCCAGUUACUCCCCAAGUUCAAACUGGAGGACCGAAGACCUUGUUUGUUGGCAACCUAUCAUUCUCUGUUGAGAAAACUGACAUAGAGAACUUUUUUAAAGGUGCUGGAGAAGUUGUAGACAUUCGCUUUUCUUUUGAUCGAGAUGGAGGUUUUAGGGGCUAUGGCCAUGUGGAAUUUGCCACAGCAGAAGAUGCUCUGAAGGCUCUUGAGCUGAAUGGUCGGGAUUUGUUGGGUCGUAAUGUGAAACUUGAUCCGGCAAAGGAAAGGGGUGCCUACACUCCAGCUAGUGGAAAUGAGAGAAGCUCGUACCAAAAAGAAGGGAGAGGCCAAGUGCAAACUCUGUUUAUCCGUGGUUUUGAUAAAAGCAGUGGGUUGGAUCAGGUUAGGAGAGCCCUGGAAGAGCAUUUUGGUACUUGUGGAGAGAUUUCUAGGUUAUCCAUUCAAAAGGAUUAUGACACUGAUGAGCUUAAAGGGUAUGCUUACAUGGACUUCACAGACAGUGACAGUUUUAACAAAGCUCUAGAACUCAGUGGAUCUGAGCUAGAAGGCUGUGCCUUGACCGUGCAAGAGGCAAGGCCAAGAGGAGAUGGUCGCGACAGUUCCAGCGGCAGAGGUGGUCGCGACAGUUCCAGCGGCAGAGGUGGUCGCGGCAGAGGUGGUCGAGGCAGAGAUGGUGAUCGCGGCAGAGGUGGUCGUGGUUUUACUCGGGGAAGAGGUGGACGAGAUGGUGGUCGCAGUGGUGGCGGCAGCUUCAGUGGAGGCAGAGGACGUGGUGGGCCUAGUAGGCUUAGCAUGGCUACACCUGGUACUGGGAACAAGACCAAAUUUGAUGAUUAGUAGGAUUGGCAAUGGAGGGAUAUUCCAGAAGGAUUCCUGAAAAAGACUUAUUUUAUUACUAUGUUUUUCUUCUGAGUUUUUAUUUUUCAUUCCAGUUUACAGUAUCGUUUUUGAGAGUGUUGUGUGCAAAGAUUGGCUUUGCGCCAGAAUUAUUCAUGUUUUUUAGGAGCUUGCUACCAAAUCAUACAUGACAUACUCUACUACCACCCUAAGUUUUUGCACUUGGUAUU